AUGCAAUCAACCCAAAGGCCGAUCAGAUUGGCAUCUCGACGCUACCCCCUCACCUCCUCGCCCACCUUAUUGUAUUUAAUAAGCAAAGUAAAGUACAACUUACUUGAACGAGAACUACAAUGCGCGCGGCAACAAUCGUUCUACUCGUGGCCUUUUUUGACCAUCAGCACCUAUAUGGUGCAUGCUGAUCCUAUUCCCGAACCCGAGCCAAACCCGAAACCCGAGCCAAACCCGAAACCCGAUGCAAACCCGGAACCCGAGGCAGACCCGGAACCCGAGGCAGACCCGGAACCCGAGGCAGACCCGGAACCUGAGGCAGACCCGGAACCUAAGGCAGACCCAAAAGCCGAGGCAAACGCGGAACCCGACCUAAAAGACAGAUGGACAGGAUAA